UUACGAGUUCUGCGCGCAGUAGAAAGUGGUGUUUAUUUGUAAAUAUUGUAAAAUUGUAAAUAUUCAUAAUUCUUGUGUGUUUACUGAUUGAUUCGUGAUAAUAUCGAAAGUGACAGUGUUUUAUGGGAAAACAUCGUUUAAUAAGGACUUUUUACGUUUUAUAAGGGUAGGUAGUCCGGGAUGGUGAUGGAAGCCGACCCCAUAGCUGGCAAACAUAAUGAUGAAAGAGUGCACGGCGCAUCGUUGAAGGCGCGGGCGGGCGGUGACGUCAUAUCUCCCGAGCGCUCGGUCGGCACUCUCGACCUUAACAUGUCUUUCACGGCCCCUUCAAACCUGGUGCUCACACCUGCGCCUGAAUGUCGCAAGCUCUCGCGAGGUAUCUCCCGCGCGACAGACAAUGAGGGUCUCGUGUGGGCGUUGCGCAACAAUACUGAGCCGGAGCCGAACACAAUCAAUUCGGAUCACAUACUCUUGCUCCCAGAUAUUACUGUAUACCCACCUGAUUUUAGGACUUUCCUAGAGAAGGACCUUUUAGAGACUGCGACUCUAGUAACUCUAGAAUCUGCGAAUAUAUUGAACUGGUGGCGCCACGGGCGGGUGCCUGGUGCCCCUCGUCUCCUGCCUCUCGCCACGUCAGGCGAUGGCAACUGCCUCCCUCACGCGGCUUCACUAGCUGCAUAUGGAUUCCAUGACAGACUGCUCGCGCUGCGGACCAAAGUUCAGGCUCUCCUGUCCGGAGAGGGCGGCGAAGUACUUACUAACGCAAUAAAACGUCGCUGGCGUUGGUCGGAGAGCAUAUCGCUGCGGUCGGCGGGGCUGACGCCGUCGGAAGCGGAGUGGGAGCGCGAGUGGGCGCAGUGCGUGGCGGCCGCGUCCCCGGAGCCGGCGCGCGCCGCGCCCGCCGCCGCGCCGCACUACGCCGCCCUCGAACAUCUACAUGUCUUCGCCUUGGCACACGUCAUGAGGAGACCCGUUAUUGUUUUUGCUGAUGUCGCUUUGAGGGAUUUCCGAGGCGACCCAAUAGCUCCGAUUCCAUUUGGUGGAGUGUACCUUCCUCUGGAACUGUCCCCGGAAGCUUGCAGUAAGACGCCGAUACUGCUGGCGUAUGACGCGGGACAUUUCUCCGCGCUCGUACCUUGCGAGCCGCUGCCGUCUGAUGGCGCUCGCGUGCCAUUGGAGGAUAGUGCUGGGAAUCCCAUGCCUAUAAGAUUCAACGUAGACCCCGGCGAAGAUUUCCCCUGGGACGUAGAACCCGACCAGAAGACGAUAAACAACAUCCUCCCUGACGAGUACCAGCACUCGGCCAUGUUGGCAGCAUACCUCGACCUCGAACGAAUCGAGUGCAUCUCCCUGAAUCAGCCUCCAGAAGAACUGCGAAGAUCCUUGGACGCCCUGUCCACCAAAAGUUCAAAGCAGUUGAACUCUGUCGCCAAACAAUUUGGUAGUAUCGGGAGGUCAAUGAGCAGUAAGCUUAAGAAGAACUUUGGUUCGAUGGCGAAGUUGGCUGGGAAGAGUAGUGGGAGCCAUAGUAACCCUGAGGAGAGUCUGAUGACGAGGCAGUCCACCUGCGAGGUGUUGUGUUGUAGAGUGUUGGCGGCCAGGGCUCCUGUACAGGAGGAGAUGGUUAAGAAUUACCUGAAUGAGGCUUGGAUCGGAUACACAGCCGAGAAGAACCGCAAAGAGCCAGUAGGUCCUUCCCAACCUCGCUACGGUACAGGACGCUCACAAUUCUACGCAGAAGCAGAACGACCGACAACUACAACAACUUCAUCAACAUCGUCAACGACGGAACAACCGCGAGUUGGCAGUACGGGCGGGGCGCGCGCGCCGGCCGACAGGACGCUGUACUUGAGUCGCUCGACGUUCUACGACGACCGGCCGGCCGAGCCCCGGCCCUGCCGCGCCCCGCUCUGCAUGUACUACGGCAGCCCCGACAACGGGGACUACUGCUCGCGCUGCUCCCGCCUGCAGUAACUGGAUCUACUUAGGUUAGUUUAUUUAGGGUUCUAGAUCGGCAGGACUGGCUUUAAACUGCAUUCUGACUUUGUUUAUUGUACAGUAACUGUGAAGUCAGUGUACAGUUUGACUAUGAUUCCAAUUAGAACUAUUGAGUACGAAUUCGUUGCCAGGACACCACUUAGAUUAAGGUCUAUCGUCCGAUAAAAAAUUAUAGCUACAUUAAUUGGACAGACAGGCCUUAGGACCUGACGCUACUAUAACACCAUCUGGUGACAAUAAAGCAAUAGUUUUUGGUCGUUUGUCUACAUGAUUGCUAUGCAGAGUGCAGUUUAAAUACAGUUACCUUCUAAAACCUUAUUCGACUUAAAUUUUAUCUAUUAUAUUUCUGUACGGGAAGUAUUGCAGAUAAACUUAGAAAUUAUUAGAUUUUUACGAUAUUUUUAAUGAUUACUUUCGUCUCUCACUAACACGAAGUUAGGUCGUUAAGUUUUUAUUUAACGUUCGAAUUAAGUUUUAUUAUUACUUUAAUAAUUAAUUAUUAUUAUUAUUUUAAAAGUAAUACUUUACUGUUUGCGUGGGUGAUAUUUUAUUGUUACUUAGAUUUGGUAAGUCACAUUUGUGUUUGCCCCACCAUUAUUAAUUAUUAAUACUUAAUAAGCAUAAUAAUAGUUAAGUGAAAUAAUAUUUGCAACAUUACUGUCAUUACAAGGAUAACUAACCAUAGGCGUAUGAACGUAUUUUAACGUGUAAUUGACCUUUAUUUAUUGUGAAAUACUCUAUUCUUAGUCUCGAUGUCUCUUCUUUCUUGAAACUUGUAAAAAAGUUAUAUUUAACAGUGUAUUAGUCUUCCCCUGUGAAUACGCCUGUGGUCUGAAUGACCUACGCGACUGUUAUUAAAAAAAAGUGCCAAAAAGUGGCUUCUAAACGUAUUAAAUUUAAAAGUAUUCGAUUGAAAAUAAUGUCUUGUCUAUGGGUAAUGGUUUAAGUAACAAAUGUGUUCGAAAUUUAGUGCCAGGAUUAAAAUGGAAAGUAAAUUUUGGACAAUACGGCAACAAUGUAUUUCAUUACAUUUGAUAUAUAGUAUAUAUGAAAUAUAUAUAUAUAAUGAACAGUUUAUAUAUAACAGGGUAAAAUCUGUUUUAACACCAACUGUGUAUACUUUAUUAUGUUGCCUUUACAAUCGUGUCUUCUCACAUUAAAAUGUAACAUGAGUAUUUUAUUAAAGUCUUAUAAAUAUAAAAAUAAAUAUUUAAUAUAUUGGCGGCUAUACUAUCAGACUUAUAAAGAUUGAAAAGAUGAUAAUUAAAAGUAUAAAAAAAUAUUUAAAGUACUAUAAAUUGUUAUAAAAAUUAUAUUUAUCACUUAUAUACAGUCAGUCAAGUUAUUUACUAUGCAAGUGAGAUAAUAAAAGUUGAUUCGGUUAAAAUAAAAAUCUCUCUAUCGAUUUCGAUCAUCGUGUAUCGAGUAGAAUAUUUAUUCAUUGCUUCACAUGUACUACCAUAGCUGAUGUACCUACAUAUUAUUACAAACAAGCCGGGUUGGUCAUAAAAUCAAUUAAUGAAAGUGUGAUUAUUUUUUAAAUAUUUUAUUGUAUUCAACAGUCGAAAUAAUUUAUUUUUGACUGGCUUUUACCUGCAGCUUCGCUCGCUUCACAAAAGGAUAAAAAGUAGCCUAUGUGACAUAUACCAAUACACACAGCGCCAUCUAUACCA